AUGAACGAGCUUUUUGAAUGUCUUUUAAAGUAUAAUCAACAUGAAAAAAAGGGAAAUUUCUUCGUCAUAAAACAAUUGAUAGAGAAACUGUUUCGAACUACAGAUACAGCCAGUGACAAAGAAAAUAUAAUGAUGAUUACAAAGCUUUUGUCCGUAGAUGCUGAUAUGUAUUUUUUCGAAGAUGAAGAUGAAUACGACGAUGAAGCCGAUUUAUUGAUUAAAUCUCAUUCAGAUUUGGAUGAUGACAAAUCGGUUACUUUGGAUUAUACGCAAAAGGACUUAACAGCUAAGGAGGUUAGGGCUCUAUCCACUGUUUGUAUUAUGCUGAUACAAUCAUCAACGAUUGGAAAUGAAGUGGAUGCCGAAAAGAUAUCUGAAAAGUUGUAUUUAGAUACCCAAGAAAGCGUUCCUAGAGCAGCUCUUGAUUUUUGCACAAAACUUGUUAAUGGUCCCAGAAAAAUACGUUCCAAGAAGGAUGAGGAGUGCUUGGGACGCUUUUUUGGAAUGAGAAAGCUUCGAAAUUUGAUUGUGCGAUACGCCAAAGAACAUUAUAAAAGAAAUAGAAUGAGUGUUUGCAGCCUGUAUCCGAUUUCAUAUAAAAAAAUCUCUAUUAGGAUGGACAGCAAAUCACUUUACUUACUCUUUGCUAAAUCGUACAAUAUGCACAAAAAGAAGAUUGAAAGAACAGAAAUUACAUCCAACCUUUUCUUUCAUAUUUUCAAGUCAGUAUUCCCUUAA